UCAGUAUAGUUAUGGUGAAUAGCUUGGAAGUUGUCCAUGAUGAGAUCCAUGCAACCUUACCAAAGGAAAAUUGGUGGGGAAAAAACUAUGUCUGUCAAAUAAAUGGUUUUUGGUUCCUUCCUAAAUUUGUACCAAACACUAUUCGAGUUCUUAGUGAAUUCAAGCCACUUCCUAAUGAUGUAAUUUUAGGGUCCUUUCCAAAAACUGGAACGACAUGGCUUAAAUCUCUCGUGUUUUCCAUCAUAAAUCGAUCUUCAGAAGAGUCAUUAGUGAAGCACAAUCCCCAUGAUCUUGUUCCUACGCUUGAGGUCCAAGUCUUUGGAACAACUGAUCAAUCAUCUCCAAUCACAACUCUUGAAGAUUCAACAAGGAUUUAUUCGACUCAUAUUCCCUACCAGCUUCUAGGUAACACUUUCGAUUCAUCUAAAUGUCGAGUUAUUUACAUUACAAGAAAUCCUAAAGAUACGUUGGUAUCAAUGUGGCAUUUCACAAAUAAAUGGAAGGAUGCAGAUCAAGACGGACUAUGGCAUCUCGAAGAAGCUAUUGAGAAAUUUUGUUCUGGAAUAUUUCCUGGUGGACCUUAUUAUGAUCAUGUUAUGGGAUUCAAAAAGGCAAGCUUGGAGAAACCUAAAAAUAUAUUCUUUAUAACAUAUGAAGAGCUAAUGAAAGACACAAAUAUUCAUGUCAAGAAAUUGGCGGAGUUUCUAGGGUGCCCAUUUAAGAAUGAGGAGGAAGUAGAUGAGAUAGUGAAGAAUUGCAGCUUUGAUAUUCUGAGCAACCAUGAGGUGAACAAAUCUGGGGAUUUUCCUUGUUGGUUUCAAGUUCCCUACAAUACUUUCUUUAGAAAAGGUGCUGUUGGGGAUCAUAAAAACUAUCUGGAUGCUAUGACAGUUGAACGUAUUGAUGUAUUAACAAGAGACAAGUUUCAUGGAUCUGGUUUCAUGUAUGGCAUAUAGUAUUUUCUAUUUUCUUUAUUUUCAUGGAGCUGAUUCUAGU